UUCCUUGACGUCCAAGAGUUUGAGAGCAAAAGUGAUUUAGGCCCAGGCGGGGGUCGUGGUCCUGGUCCCUCCACACCCCUGUCCGGCUCUCGCCUCUUCGCCCUUUCCCGCGCCCUUGGCUUCCCACUCUCCCUGCCAGUCCUUUUCCAAGAUGAGGUGAGACAAGGGUCCAACUUUUCCUGGAUUCGCCUCCCAGCGAAUGUGAGCUUCCACUGCGGCUGCAGAGACGCGCAACCUCUUCUCAUCGGCUCUUAUGCAAGUUGGGGCCAGGAUUGGGGAGGGGCGCUCCUCAACGGGAAGAAACCGAGAGGCCCGCGCCCCGCCGAGGAAGCCCCGCCCCGGUGCCUUUGCUGGGAAGCAGGCGUCUCUCCUCAGUCGGCUUGUCGCCUGCUCCCCGUAUCUCAUGGCUCCUCGCCAAAGACUGAAAUUAUGGAGCUGGAGGGCGCCCCCUCCCUGGAGUUUCCUCCCUGGGACAGGUCGGGAGGAGGGGGCCCAUUCUGGUUUAGGGGGCCGACCUGCUGGGAGGCCCCGGCGCCGCCCUUGACUUUCCCUCCUCCGUCCCCAACUGGCAGACUCCUUCUCUGUGCUCUGGGGCCGGGCCUUGCUGCUUAGCAGCGGCCUCUAGCUCCGUCUCCCGGGGUACCUGGGCCUGCGGGAGGGCUGGAGUCACACGCGCUUUGUUCUUAGCGCCUGUGUGCUCUCCUGUAGGACCCAGGGCCUUUGGCUUCCCCAAUUCGUCCUUGGCGCUUCCGCUCCACCAGCCUGGUCUGAGGCAUACUGUCCUCAGAGAAGGCGCGGUGGCCGGGUUCCCUUCCCCUAGGGCACGUUACUAAGGGGGACAGGCACUGCAUGCUCGUUCCAGCACCAUCUGGGACUGGGUACAGUACCUCCAGCCCCAGGGCCCUGACCUGCGUACCUAGUUAGACAUCUCACUCACCUCCCAGAGCUGGGGCCACUGAGUACUCCUGACCUCACCACCUUUUUUCCUUUGAGCCUGAGGUAGAGCUGGAGCUGGCGCCACCUAGACAGGGUCAGGUGUGGCUGGGGGUAGGUUUGGAGGUCUGCCGGUUAUGCCAAGGUCCCCCUGAGAUUAGAUCAGGGGACUGGAUAGAUUCAGGUACUCAAUCAGUAAGCUGGAGGUGUUAGACGCCAGGCCCCUGCAUCCUUCAAUGGACCUCCCUCUGAGAACCACAGCCAGGUCCUGCCUUCUGGGGGCCUGAAUAUUUCGGGGCUAACGUGGUGGGCUGUGCAGAAGGGGGCUGUAUCAACAUCAAUUAGGGAACCAAAGUUGCACUAUCUGGGCCCAGAUUGUCUGGUUGGCAAGAGCAAAGUUUCCGUUGAUGAAACAGACAUCCCACAACAAAAACCCAAGUUUUCUGUGCUACAUGUGCAAUAUUUGUUAUGAAUGUUAUGUCAUUCAUCAAGUUAUCUUUAUAAUCACUGUAGUUAGAUGUUUCAUGUCCAUUCAAGUGACUUUUAUUCUGAGUGCAAUAUUUCAAUAGCCUUGUAGUGAUAACUAGUGUUGCUUUUGUUUUAGAUGAUCUAUGUGCAGGGCAAUGCAAUGAAGUUGAAAACCCUUGUAAAUAGGAGAGGUUGCAAACCAAAUCAAGAGUAUUUAUUACUAUUCUUACUAUGAUUAUUAGGCCUGCCUUUACUUUUCAGCAUAAGUGUUCAGUAUUCCGCAUCCUGCCUCAGUAUUGAUCUUGUGUUCUUUGUGCCAAUAUGAAAAGGAGAGGGUUGGUUCUUUCCUUUAUUGUUGAAUGCUCCCAUUUAAUGCUUUAUGGCUUUUACUGUAUUACUUUUUUAGACUCCCAUCUGCACAAAAUGCAAUAAAAAUAAUUUUAUUAUACCCUU